CUUUUGUAUUUUUGUUUUCUCUCUUACUUUAGGAAGAGCUGGCUCCCUCCUUUUCCUUUUGUUCCACAUCUUCACACUCACUUUUCAUGUUUUCUUGGCCUCCAUGUGGGUCUUGGGCUAAGAAAUCUUCCACCAUUAGCUGCAUUGCAUUACGUUGCUGACAAGUUGUCUCCCUUGGACUAGUUCUGUUCAUUGUCCUAGUAUGAAGGAAGAAAGUGUUGUUGUUUCUUAGAGGGUGCCUUCAGUUUCUUCUCUUCUUUUUCCUCCAAUUGCCACUGAUUGAUCAUUCCACAUUUGUGUCAGUGUUGCUUAGUUUCUUCUGGGGUUGAGAAGUUGAAGUAGAAGCUUUGGUUUUUGCACUAUAGAGAAGUUUAAGUUUUGGUUGGUGUAGUGCAUUAAAGUUGAUUAAGUUCAUUGUAGUAGGAUUAGAAGAAUGGCAGGUGGAGGAGCUGCACCACAACCUAAGCAAGAUGAGCAUCAACCACAUCCAGUGAAAGAUCAAUUACCAAAUGUUUCUUUCUGCAUUACAAGUCCUCCUCCUUGGCCGGAGGCAAUCCUACUUGGUUUCCAACAUUACCUGGUGAUGCUUGGCACAACUGUUCUAAUUCCAAGCUCUCUUGUUCCCCAGAUGGGAGGAGGAAAUGAAGAGAAAGCAAAAGUGAUUCAGACUCUACUGUUUGUGGCUGGCAUAAACACAUUUUUCCAAACAUUCUUUGGGACUCGUUUGCCUGCAGUUAUUGGGGGAUCCUACACCUUUGUGCCAACAACCAUUUCAAUCAUUCUGGCUGGUCGCUACAGUGACAUUGUGAAUCCUCAAGAGAAAUUCGAGAGGAUAAUGCGCGGAACACAGGGUGCCCUAAUUGUUGCCUCAACCCUCCAAAUUGUUUUAGGCUUCAGUGGCCUUUGGCGCAAUGUAGUGAGGUUCUUAAGUCCUCUCUCUGCUGUUCCCUUGGUUGCUCUGUCAGGCUUUGGGCUGUAUGAACUGGGUUUUCCUGUGCUUGCAAAAUGUGUGGAGAUUGGGCUGCCAGAAAUCAUCAUCCUAGUGGUAUUUUCACAGUACAUUCCUCAUAUGAUGAAAGGAGAAAAGCCUAUCUUUGAUCGCUUUGCAGUUAUAUUCUCAGUGGCAAUUGUGUGGAUUUAUGCUCAUCUUCUUACAGUUGGUGGAGCUUACAGAAAUUCGGCACCUAAAACCCAAAUUACUUGCAGAACCGAUCGGGCUGGAAUUAUAGGGGGUGCUCCUUGGAUAAGAAUCCCAUAUCCUUUUCAAUGGGGAGCUCCUACAUUUGAGGCUGGAGAAGCUUUUGCUAUGAUGGCUGCUUCAUUUGUUGCUCUAGUAGAGUCAACAGGUGCUUUCGUUGCUGUGUCAAGGUACGCAAGUGCAACACCAAUUCCACCUUCAGUUCUUAGCCGUGGUGUAGGUUGGCAGGGAGUGGGAAUUUUGUUGUCUGGGAUCUUUGGAACAGGGAAUGGAUCAUCAGUUUCUGUAGAGAAUGCAGGACUCUUAGCUUUGACACGUGUGGGUAGUCGAAGAGUGGUUCAAAUAUCAGCUGGAUUCAUGAUAUUUUUCUCAAUUCUUGGAAAAUUUGGAGCUGUUUUUGCUUCAAUUCCAGCUCCAAUAGUUGCAGCUUUAUAUUGUCUUUUCUUUGCCUAUGUGGGCUCAGCAGGUCUCGGUUUUCUUCAAUUUUGCAAUUUAAACAGCUUUAGAACCAAAUUCAUCUUAGGCUUCUCUAUUUUUAUGGGCUUUUCUAUACCACAAUACUUCAAUGAGUACACAGCAUUUAAAGGCUACGGUCCUGUACACACGCAUGCAAGAUGGUUCAAUGACAUGAUCAAUGUGCCAUUUGCAUCUGAAGCCUUUGUUGCUGGUUCAUUGGCACUGAUAUUGGACGUUACAUUGCACAAGAAAGAUAACCAAACUCGUAAAGACAGAGGCAUGCAGUGGUGGGACAGAUUCCGAUCGUUCAAGACAGAUACCAGGAGUGAGGAGUUUUACUCUCUACCUUUUAAUCUAAACAAGUUUUUCCCUUCUGUGUGAUUGGACCAUGCUUUUAGAAGUUGCAUGCAUGAAGUCAAGAAUCAAGAUAUGCCAUUGCAAUAUCUCGUCGCGGUAAAGCAUGUGAUUCAAUUGUAACUUACAAGAGAAACGCACCAUUUUCUUUAUUUUUACUACAAAUUAAUGUAGCAAUAUCAAUAUCAUCAUUUUGUAGUAAUAGUUAUUUCUGCCAAUUACUUUU